UUUUUUUCGAAAGUAAAAAACGGUCAUCGUAUACUAAGAAUCUACUAGUAUAAAGUUAAGCCCUAGCCACCAUCCUUUUUGUGUCCAACCAUAUUUCCAAUGACCACACCACAAAAGUAGUAAAAGUAUGAACAACAAACAUAACUACUUGAAAACCCUUAUAACCAAAGUUGAAACAACCUCAUUAACAUUUCCCUUUUGUGCUCUUUCUCUCUCUACUCUCUCUCUCUAAAGAUCAAGAAAACACUCACUUAGACCAAAAAUGGAAGACCAAUGCAGCCCUCUUAGCUGGGCUUACUACUAUCAAGAAGAGGGAGUGGAGGAAUUGAAGCAAUCACUCUUCUACUCAACCCUAGAGCUAGAAUCAGCUGUACUCGCAGCCCAUGAGGAAAUUUCAAGAAAAGAUGAUGAAAUACUACAACUCAAUAAUUUAAUAGCAAAGAUCAUCAAAGAGAGAGAUGAAUUUGAAGCCAAAUGCCAAAAUCUUGUGGUUGAAAAACAGUUGCUUUCCCAACAAGUACAAAUCCACAACUUAGAAUAUUGUUGUCCUAAUAAUUAUUCAAGUGGCUCAAUUACUAGCAAUAAUGACAACAUUGCCCUUUCUCCCUCCGAUUGCGACGACACUCUCCCGCCCACGGCGCCGCGGAUGAUUCUUGACGUGGCGGACGGAAUCACGCUCAAGAGGCCGUUGCCGGAGAAUGGGAAGUUCUUGCAGGCGGUGAUGGAAGCAGGGCCGCUCCUCCAGACACUUCUUCUGGCGGGGCCGCUCCCGCGGUGGCAGCAUCCGCCGCCGAAGCUCAACUCCGGCGACAUUCCGCCGGUCACGAUUUCGUCCCCGGCGGCGGCGGCGGCAAAAAUCUUGCACCACCAAGAUUCUUGCCGCCUCGUUAGCCCUAGUGGUGGAUUCACUAACAAGAGGGCCAUGGUCAACAUGGAUAAAGACUUGGAUUUUUCUCCAAUCUCCAAAUUUCAAAAAGUUUGUUCACCAAUUAAUUAGCUAAUAUAUAUAUUAAUAUAUAGCAAAAAAAAAAAAAAGAAAGAAAAAAGAAUAUCCAUCUUUUUCUUUCGUAAUAAACUAGGUAGUAUUUUUCAAGUUAGUGUUUGAAUCCUUUGAAGAGCUCAAAGAGAUCAUUACCAUGGACUUAAUGGUAAUUAAGGUAAAAGUAUUUUAGAAGUUUAAUUUGUACAUUUUAAUUAUGGUUUGUGUUAGAGAUUUUGAGGAUCUUUAACUAAUCGUAGGUCUCGUAGAUGCUGCAUCAGGUGAAAUAUACGGGAUAUAUACAGUAUAUAUCACCGUAUGUAGAUUUCACUUACACACAUUCACAAAUAUAUACAUGUCGGUGUGUGUAAAACGUGUACUGAAUAUAUACACGUGUAUGGUAGAACUACUCCAGAUUAGGUUUAUUAGGUAGAGAGUGAGAGAUUUGAAGUGGCCGGGCUCAAUGUAUCAGCCCCUUUUAGCUUUUGGUUUGGGAUGUAGACUUUGAAUCAUUUUUAUUUUAUUUUUAUUAAUUUUUUCCUACUUUAU